AUGUUCUCGCUGUCGGAAGAGUCCAAGGAGCGCAUCGCGCGCAUCAUCGACGUCUCACGCGUCGCUAUCCACUAUGGCUACCUGCCGCUGAUCCUGUAUCUCGGCUACUCGCAGAGCCAGCCGAAGCCGUCUCUCAUCCGCCUCUUCUCUCCCCUCGCAUAA